AUGUCCUCUAAUCUUCCUGGAGUCGCCAUUGCAAUCAUCUCGGAGAGCCAAGUCCAAUAUAUGAAGACAUUUGGCUUCUCUGGACGAGCAGUAUUCGAUGAAAACACGUUGUUCAAAGUAGGCUCCUUAUCAAAGACUUUUACUGCUUGGGGUGUCAUGACACUUGUACAGAAAGGGCUCAUACAAUUGGAUGAUCCCAUACAAAAACACAUGCAUUCGUAUACUCUUCCACCACCUUAUAAUCCUGGAUGGUCCAAUGAGGGUGUUACCAUUAGACGUUUGUUGGCUCAUACUUCAGGAAUUAUAUCACUCGGUAUCAUGCCUUAUAAUCCUGUUGAAGGUGUACCACUUCCAACAACUAGUCAAUUGUUGAAAAAAGAUAACGUGCGUCUAGUAAUUGAUCCAAACAAGGAAAUAUUUAUGUACUCUAGCCAUGGUUACAUUCUUCUCCAAAUGAUGAUUGAGGAUGUGACCAAUCAAUCCUUUGGUGACUAUGUUCAAGAACAGGUGUUAAAACCACUAGGAAUGAAUGUUGCAACCUACAAGUUUGAAACUGAUGUAAACGAUCCUAACAGCAAUUAUUCUGUUGGAUACACUGUGUAUAGAGCACCAAUGCCACUGUUCGUUCCAUUAGAAAGAGGGUCUGGUGGAAUUUACCUUCCUAUUGUAGAUGCUGUAAAGAUGCCACUUACUUUUAUGAGAAAAGAGCAAACGAUUCUCAAUGAAUCUCUCAUUCAAGAAAUGUUGACUCCUGUGUCAGUUGUUAGGGAAAAUCCAUUCAGAAAUCUUUCUGUGGGCUUGGGAUUAUGGAUGACACAAAAUAGAGAAGGACCUGUAUCCUAUUACCAUGGAGGAGAUAUUCAUGGUUUUAAAGCACAUUAUGAAUGGACCUUAAAUGGAUCAGGAAUUGUCAUUUUAACAAACUGUCAGCAGGGUGGCAAUUUCUAUACUCACAUUUUGUGUUAUUGGUCAAGAAUGAUUUGGCAAACAAGAGAUGUAUGUACUGCUGAGAACAAUGACUUGUGGAUUGGUCUUGGAAUUGUGUUGUCUCUCAUUAGCUUGUUUGUAUGGUUUGGAGUUAGUUUGUUUGUGUUGAUCCCUCGUAUUAAUUGUCUAGAAUUGUCUCUUCCUCUGUUGGAUGGAUCGUUGAGUAGCAAAAAAAGGUGUAUAUGUGUCACCGGUUAUACCAUACGAGCGGUUAUUGCUCUAUUUCUUUUACUUUUGUAUAUUGUGUUGAUGGUUGUUCUCUAUUCCGAUUCUGUCAUGCUGCAACUCAUUGGUGCUCCUUAUUGGGUGCUGGCUUAUAUGGCUGUGGAAUAUACUUUCCCUUAUUUUACUUUGGGAUUGACUUGGCUAUUCAUGAGUGGAAUUUUCAUUAGUUUGUUUAUUUAUUCGAAAAAGAGAAGCCAUGAAAUUGUAGCAGACUAUCAAAAAUCAGAGACAAGUCAGGAGCUCCGAGAGCCCUAG